CGCAUUCUACAUUUCAUUACAACCAUCUAUUCUUUUAUCGCACCACAGCCGAUUACGUUCAAUAUGUCCCUCACAGGCAAAGUCGCAAUUAUCACCGGUGGCUCCAAAGGUAUCGGCAAGGCCGCCGCCCUGCGUCUUGCACAAGAAGGCGCCUGUAUCGCAGUGGGCUAUCUCUCCGAUGCUUCAGGGGCUCAGGAGGUGGUUGAGAAAGUCGGCAGUGACCGUGCCAUUGCCAUUCAACUCGACGCAGGCAAAGUGGCCGAGAUCUCGCGAUUCGUGGACCAGACGGUCAAGAAGUUUGGCAAGAUCGAUCUCGUGAUUGCUGCAGCGGGAAAAAUGGCCAUGAGCCCCCUGGAGGCUUUGACAGAGGAUUUGUAUGAUACAUUGUUUGAGUUGAAUGUUAAGGGGCCGCUAUUUUUGGUCCAGAAAGCUGUCCCUCACCUGGCUCCUGGAUCCCACGUCGUCCUCUUUUCUACAACGCUAUGUGCUGCCUCCACGGUGGCGCCGCCCUAUCUCAGCUACGUAUCCAGUAAAGGGGCCAUCGAGCAAAUGACGCGUGUGCUUUCCAAGGAUCUAGGAAGGAAAGGCAUUGCGGUAAACUGUAUUGCACCCGGGCCCACCGCCACGGAGCUAUUCAAUCGAGUGCAGACGGAACAGACACUGGCCUUUGUGCGGAAUGCGAAUCCCAAUGGACGCGUUGGGGAGACUGAAGAUAUUGUUGGGAGUAUUGUGUUUCUUUGUAGCAGCGAUAGUCGUUGGGUGAUGGGACAGACCCUCAGAGUAAACGGAGGAAUGGCUUGA